CAUAUUUAUGUAGGUGUAUACGUAUAUACAUGCGUAUGCAAACUAUAGUACAAUUUUGAAUAAUAAAGCCCUGCUGACAGGAAAUGAAAAUCUUUGUGCAUGCUUCUUAAUGCAUCGUUCAUUAUAUUAAAUGUGAACAGUAAUGAAUUAAUCAACCAUUCAUGAAUAAUUUAGGUAAUAAAUUGUGGCAGUGGGAAAUGUAUCGCGACGUGUAUAAAUAUGUACAUUUAGCAAAUUCAUAUUUAUGUACACCCAUAGGUGCAUCUUCCGUAUGAAAUCAGCCAGGUCAUUUCUCACAUUUUUAUUUUUAUUAGUGCAUUAAAAUAACAGAAAGAUAUCAAGUCACGAGUCGAAUUAGACAUGAUUUUACUUUGUUCGGAAAUUAUUUAGCUAAUUACAGAGACUAAAUUAGAAAAUUAUAAAGUAGAAAACGCACAGUAAAGAUGAUGUUGCCUUGGUUCUGGUUAAAUGACGACUUUUUCUAAAUUCAGCACACUCUCACAGAUUUAACAAGUGUUAUACCGAAAGAAAAUUUUAAUUUUAAUUAUUGGAUACAUUCAUUGCACGAAGGUGGUGAAAGGAGUAUACCAAAAAUAUGUAAACUUGACUAAUUGGCAAUUAGAGGAUGCAUCCAAAAUUAAUUAAAUGCACUUAUUUAAUUAAAACCAGUUUCAUUUCAUUCUAGAAAUUCACGCCAAUCUUCAUUUUCAGUAAAUAAUUUUGUAUAUUAUUAUAAAGCUUAGCUUUUGAAUUGAGGCCAAUCUUGAUUGAAAAACAUAUCAAAGUUUGAUGAGCUAUUGAUGUUUUCCUUUCAUUUUACACCCAAAUAAAUGAUAAUGUACAUAUGUGUAGGUAUUUUACUUUGAAUUUUCGUACAGAAUUUUGGUUACAGCACACUGCCCAGAAUAUGCGGUUCUUAAGAAGUAAUAAAGCACAACUCUCAAGAAAAAAAGAAUCUCUUUGUAACAGCAAGUAUUUAAUGUGCGUGAUGCGUUUCUAGUGCGAGUGCAUGAUUUAAUCUGAUCUCUAACCUCUAUUGAAAUUAGUUAUCAGAAAUGCAGAAUGUGAAUGUAUCUACACUUUUUACAAGUAAAAAAUAAAUUGAUACAUAUUAAACAAAUACUAGUCAUCGUUGAAAUUAUGGGACUCCUAUUACAAUUUCAAUUAUCAUUAUAGAGAAAAAGUUUGUUAAAAUUCUAUUAUGUACAUGUCCUCAUUAAAAUAUAUUGUAUAUUUUGUCAGUUUGUAAGAAAUCCGUCCCGUUUUUUGACCGAUGUGUGCCAACAAUUAUGUAUUGUUUUACCAAACUCACUAGAAAUGCAACGACUAUACAUAGAUUGAUGAUAAAUGUAAUCUGCGGUUAUAAAAUUUUAUGUGAGGCCUACACACCUACAAUAUUGUUGGCAUUUGAUCUACAUAGAUUUCCCAAAAAAUGAAAUUUAGUGUAGCAUCUUCAACUUAACGAAGAGUAUGUAAUUUGAAAUUUCAGACAAGUGGUCUUGAUAUGGUUCAUGGCAAUGGAGAGCAAUGCAUAAAUCCAUAACUACGUGUAUUCAAAUAUGCUUCGUAUCUAUAGGGCAUGAGGUCGGAGUGCAGUUUCAUAAACUUACAACUUCCAAUUUCAUCCUUCUGAACCAGAACUAAUUGCUUAAUUAUUUUGCCGUAUAUGUAUUUACAAAAACCUGACUGCAACUUUUCAUUCAGUUUAUCAAAGUCAUGGUCGAAACAGUUGGUGCAGUGCGGAAGGCCGAUUAAGCUGGUUUAUGAUUUCGGUGUGUUUAAAUAAUUUCUUACUCGUUCAGUUUGUGAAAAAGUGGUGGAGUUAUAAAUCAUAGUAAUUCAUAAAAUAUAAUAAAUCUAGAACAAAAUGUGCCCAACUUACAAUCUACGCCUGCACUUAUUUUUCAUAUUAUUGAGCCAUCUUGCAAUCACCUCCUGUUCUGGUCAGAAUUAUGACCAAGACAAUUCUGCAGACUCGUUCCUUUCUUCCUUCAACUUGGACCAAUUAAGUCUAAAGGAUUUCCUUAGCGUUAUAACUGGUGUCAUAAAAGUUGGGAAUCAUACCAUCACAUUUCCCGAAGAUCUCCCAAAACUUUUCGGAAACUCGGAUUCCAUAAUUGAGAAGCGGCGUGGAUUUGCGAAUGACGAUGGCGAUGAGCGGAUCAAGAUCAAGGUGAAGUACGACUUGGGCGGAGGAGGAGGAUGGGGCUGGGGUCCACGUGGAAAAGGCCUUAUCUCACUUUCAAACUUCUUCCGUGUGGGCUGCAUCCUUUUCGAUUUGCAAGAAAUUAAGAACAGUGCAAGCCAUGGGAUGUACUAAAAAGGAUUGCCAAUUUAUUGGACAGAUGAACUAUGUUUAGUGAUUAUUUAUAAAUGUAUCCAUUGUUAAUUUACUUGUUAAUACUCAGAAUAAAUCUAUUUAAUGAAACACCAUUAAUCAUAUUGAAGCAUCGAAAAUUAAAAAAAAAACUUUAUAUUUUGUGGAAUCUUUGAGAUUCCCAGUUACAGCAUAGCAGCAUAAUUACAAAAUCGUAGUCAUAUACAAACUUAGUCGUAUGUUCUUACAACAUCUCUGGAGAAAUCGACCAGCAUUUAACGACUGAUUAAAAUAAAAUGAUCAAAUUUCAUUAAUCAGUUCGAGCCAGAUUUACACUAACAUAUCAUUAGUCGUGCAAAGUCUGCUGCAAAAAUAAUCUGUGCGAAACAGAUGCGUGUAGUUUGCCUUGCAAUAAAAAAAUCGAAAUCCAUAAGUCAAUUCUCAUUCCUAUUCAUAAACUGUCGCCACCAUGACGCAAUUAAUUUUAAUAAGCGUCCUACUUGUUGUUAUGACAACCAGGACCGACGCUCAACAUCUACCACUCCCGGAUAAGAGCUACUGCGAAAACACAGAGCUUACUACGCAUCAAACAAGUCUCGAAUUUCGCUGGAAGUUUGCACAAUUCCAUAACUAUUACGACACCGUUCGAAAAUUCUAUGACAACGUGAUUUUCAAAACCAACUUAGUUUUGAAUCGGGGCGAAAAUGUUACAUGCCACGUUGUCCUCAAUGUGUCCCCCCAAACGCUCACGGUAACGCUGGAUUUCGCUCAGCCCAACCGUUUUGCCACCGAUGGUGCUUUAUUUGAAGGAAAGCUAAGGAUUGAGAGCCGACAUGGCAACGUUAGUUUUGGCAGUGAAGGAUUACGAAAACCAAAUCCUGAACUCAAAUUCCGAUGGCAUUUUGAUUACGAUGAUCGCACAACGCUCGGUCGUCAUUUGGAUAUUUAUACAAAAGUUGCUGAAUUUGCAAACGCCACCGAAACUACGAUUUUGAAUAAUGGUCAACCACAAAAUAUACGAUUUGUUUUGAGAAUUAUACGAUAUGCAGUUGAACGAGAAUUUUUCAGUUUCGGUGGUGGAGAGAAAAUUUGUGUAUAAAUAAGUGUUCAUGAAUUUUAAAUAAUAAACAAUAAUUAACAUUCUUGAA